UUUUUUCUUACUUCUAUAAGUACCCUACCAGAAAUCCUGAGGUCUUCACACUAGUGACCUGAAACCAGAGCGAUGACCCUUCAAAGAGAACACGUUUUUGACUUGAUCGACAAUGGGCUUCAUUCAACCGAAUAUCAACUUGAAGAUUUGUACUCAGGCGAGGAAAUAGGUUCUACAAGGGAGAAUGGCAUUCCAUCAGCGCAGGUUGUAGAUCUCACAGGAGAAGUCGAUGGUGCGAGCGAUUGUGAACGGUACUUUAUGCAGGGUCUCUCCCCUACCUUUUACGAGGAGAACGGUCCGGUUCCGGAAUCGGAUCAGCCCUCGGCUUCGGUACCGCAAGCGUACAUAACACCGGGGUCCCCGGAACACGAUGAGCCGGAAUCACCCGUCGAUGAUGUAGAGCGCUCCAGUCAGGCCGCAGAUGGGAGGUCACGUAACGGAUCACCGGUAGAAGCGCGGGGACUGACAGCGGAGGAAAUCAUUCAUCCGGACCCAGCAGAACCGUGUACGCCGCUGAAUCAGACUGAGCCUAUACCGAACAACGGACCUCGGAAAAGGGAACACCGUAGAAGGCUCAUUUCAACCAGCAGUAGCAGUAGUAGGAGCAGCACAAACAGACCCCGACGAUCCGUGAGAGGCUGUCAGAAUUGCUGUCGGACUGCCCAUGAACAACUAGUUCUAAUGAGUAAUGCUUUCCGACUAAUGGGUGAAAUGCUGGCUGUCUACAGUGAUCAUAAUUAGUAAGAACCACUACUAUGGUAUAAAAAAUCUAAAGGCCUUUCUGGGUUCCCCAUAUCUGUGUGAGUACUGUUACACAGGGUACAACUGUGUGCUGAGUCACCGAUGCCCUGCUCAUUGUUCCGUUUGCUUUGACCCUACCUGUAAUCAGAAGGGGUUCCAGCCUAUUGUGUGUAAAGAGUGUAACAGGACAUGUCGUUCAGAAUUCUGUCUGACAAAGCACAAAGAGCCUACAGAGAGGCCCAGAGCCAAAAAAUUAGCCAGCACGUGCUCGUUGUACAAAAAAUGUAACAAAUGUGCACAGCUUUACUACUCAGCGAUGAGUGGUGAAGGUAAACCACACACAUGUCCUGCGGUGAAGUGUAAAAUCU